ACCACAUCUCGUUCCAUCAGACGAUGGGUCUGUUAUUCUUAAGUAUUGCCGGGCUCUGCCUGUGUCUCGCAAAUUCCGGUACCGCUAGGAUUAUCCAGGAAGAUGAUAAAUCGUUAGUGAUCGCAGAUUUAGACGUUUCGGAGUCGAAGCACGGACAUCAUCAUGAAGAAGGUGGCGGACACGAGCAUCACGCUAAACACCACGAGAGUCACGGGGAAAAGGGGGAUAAAGGGUAUAAAAGUGAUCACCACCACGAUAAAGGAGAACACGGCAAACAUGGCAAACAUCACUCGGCCGGACACCACGAAGAAAAAGGAGGUCACCACAAACACCAUCACGAUGAAGGUGGCCACCAUGGUGAGCAUCAUGCCUCUGGCAAAAGUCAUAAAGGCGGAAAGUUUGGCGAGAAGAAGGGCCACAAGAAGGGACAAAAGACCACAGGUUACCAUCAUAAGUCACACAAAGACGAUUAUCAUAAAGAACACAAAUUUUACGACGACUACCAUAAAGGUGGUCAUCACGAAAAACAUGGAGAUCACCACGGUCACCACGGAGGCAAAGCCGGACACCACAAGAAAGGCGGCUCGCAUAAGAGUGGUCACCACGACGACCACCACGGCAAGAAGGGUCACUCCGACAAAGGUCAUUACGACGAAGACCAUAAAGGCCAUAAGGGACAUGGAGGUCACGAAAGCCAUCACUCUCAUCAUUCUGACUAUGGAAAGAAAGGGGCUCACAAGGGUGGAAAGGAGUACGGAUUCGCCAGCGGUCACGGAGGCGGUGGUGGUGGAGGUGGCGGUGGUAAAAAGCAUUAAGGAACUGAUUAGAAAGAACUAUCUCCCAACGGAUUCCUGCGAAGGGAAGCGUUGUGGAAGUAUUGUCUCUGGUGUUGUUUAUUUAUGUUUGAUUGUUUUUUGUUGGACUGAAUAUAACAAGGAUCUAUCGUAUUUGUUGUGAUUUUAUUAAUUAUUGUUAUUAAAAUUAUGUAAAUAAAAAAUGUAAAAUAAAAA